GUGUAGAGAAGCGCUUGGCUGAGUUUCCCUUUGCACUGGAAAGGGACAGUGAAGCGGCGUCGAAUUUCUUUGUCCAUUAUUCGAACGCCCACCUUCAAACUGGACACAACUACAUGGUCAUUCUGCGUGAAGUUGGGACAGCGUUGCUAGCUGGUAUUUCAACGAUCGCACGCGAUGCAGGACGCGCUGUGGCGGUACCAGUCAAUUCGCAAAUAGGGUUGAUUCCUUUUUUCCAGUUUUUGCUAAACCACACACGGUACGACUCGAUUCAAGCGGAGGCGCCGCGGAUGGAGCGGCGGAACCUAGUAAUGUCGGAGCUAAUCGCCCAAAAGCAGCAAGAUCAGGCAUUGUUGGAUGAAAAUGAGUCAAAGACAAAUCAGGUGGAGAGAGACAGUGGCCUACUUGGUAAUUCGGAUCCACAAGCUCAAGCACAAGUUCAGGCUGGAGAGAAAGAACAGCCCAAUGCCGUUCUCAGCUCCAAAGCCGCGCGAGCAUUGAAUGUCGUCCGACAUGAUGUCAGACACGCUGUGGAUGAAGCGUUGGAGCUGAAUGCGGGCAAUGGGUUUCAGGGCAAAAUGAUGCGCAUCGAACAUCCGCCGCUUGUUGAGGCUGUUCGCAAUGCCCAAAAGCGAGCUGGGGAAGUGUUCUUAGACGGAGAAUUCACGAAUGAAUACAUGGGAGAAACGACUCCCAAGCAUGCUCUUUUUCGACGAAGAGUGGAGGCGGAUACGACUGAGAUCAUGGAGGCUGC